CUGUGACGAAGAGGGUCACACCGGCAAGGAGUGGUGCGUACCAGAUAAUCCUAUCCUUUGAAGGUCACCCCUAAUGACAGCUUCACAGCCCGAAGCCGCGUGAUUGGAGCCGUGUAAAGUGUAACAACUGCGGCGAAAUGGGCCACGGUGUAAAGCGCUGCCCGAAGCCGGUGCCGGAGGAGCCGGAGGAGGACGCUCAGCGCGGUAGUGCCGGUGCUGGCGGAGACGGUGGGUGGGCGAGCAACACUGCUGGCCCCAGCUACGGCGAGGGCGAGGCGGCUACUGCGAGCGCGGGCGGUUGGUGAUCAUAUUCGAUCUCAUCCAAUCUGCCACCCGGGAGUGAGACGGACUGCCGGGCAGAGACAGACGUGGAAGACAAGGCGAAAGCAAGCGGUUCGGAGUCUUCAUGCUACAUCGAUGGCUGUGCUUGAUGGAUGCAUCAACGGGAUCUUGCCGGUGGCGUUUGCUGCACUUGACGGU